AGCCGAAUGUAGCAAGCCCGCAUGCGCGCUCCCUCCGAGAGCGGGCCCGGCCAGGGCGGGUCGAGCGCGGCAGGGGAGCUGCGCCAACGGUCGGGCGGCUCGAGCGGCUUCAAGGGGGUGCGGCAGACCUCGGGCGAGUGGCUGGAUGAGGCGCACACCACAGUCGCCGCCUUCACCAUGUUCCUCGGCCCCGGGAUGGCGCUGAAUUUCUACAUCGCCUCCGUCGGCUACUACCAGUACGCGUUCGAGACCAGGCUCUUCUUUGUCGUGAUGCUAUUCGCUGCCUACGGGCCCUUCCCGCUGAUCGUCGCGGCGCAGGCCGUCUUCGACGCGUACUUCGACAGGCGUUUCACAACGCAAGUGACGUACCCCGUCCCGAUAUCUGUUGGCCAGCUUUCGAUUCUAGCCUUGGUGUUGAUGUGGAUGUACUUGCCCGUGACGGAGGUCGUGGCGAUCGGUAUCGGCCUCGCCCUGGGAGCCAGCUGUUGUCUUGCACAGGCUUCGGGACACCAAAUGAUAUCGGCCAUCGACGCGACGAAGCUCACUGUCGCUGAGAUGGGGGGUCAGGUGGGCUCGGUCGUGCCCAUCGUGAUGAUCUGGAUGCUCGACUUCAAGCCGAGCGCGACCCGGGCAGAGUUCAGAGAGUUCGUAGUGGUGGUGGCCAUCGUGAACUUCCUGGGCAUGGCCAUGCUGCUAACGCUGCACAAGCGUGGCCUUUUCGACAAGGCAUACGUGCGGCUAGCGUACGGCUUGGACACAAGAUGUUCGGAGUCGGACGAAGAGGAGGAGGAGGAGAAGGAGAUCAAGUGGCGUCGGCAGGUGUCGAAGGAAGCUGGAGAGACAAGGCUGCAAGACGAGCCGAUGGAGUCCAGUUACAGGAGAGCGUCGAAGGAGGUCACGCCCUUGCUGGCACUGCCAGGGCAGAAUCACAUGUCCCAGAAGCGCUCGCCGCGGGAGGGUGCGCGACGAGAACUGUCGUCACGGCAGCUCGCCAUCCCCAACUGGGUGUACAUUUGGCAGGCCACAAAGUGCCUCAUGACGGCGCUGAUGUCGUUCAUUGUGUCGCUUGCCGGCUUCUACGGGAACUCCGCGCACACACAGUUCCUGGCGUCGGUCAAGCUGGCGUCAGAUUUCGUGGGGAGGGCGUCCGCCCUGCCGCUGGUCAGGUCGGAGUGCUUUGGCACGGGCCCCUGGCACCGCUUCCUCGUGUCGACGGCGGUGGCCCGGGUGGCCAUGGUCGCCAUUAUGCUCGCCCAGCUGUGGCGCCCUGUCGUGCCGGAGCCGAUCUUCGUUGCUUUGUGGUGCCUCUUCGCGGUCUUGGAUCGCAUGAUGUCGACGCUCUCCGACGUGACGUGCGGCGCAUUCGUGACGAUGAAGCAGCGGAAGUUCGUGUCUCGCUUGUCGUUCUUCACCGGCUUUGGGGGCUUGAUCCUUGGCCUCUCUGUCGCCGCCCUCCUCGGAACGUCGAUGGCAAGCCGCAUGGACAAGUCGGGCACAGCGCUGCUGGGCACUGGCAGCCAGGGUUUUCUUUGGGAGCCGUGCCCUUUGGGCUUGCACCGCUGCGGCCUGGCAGGGGACGUCGGGUGGGGCCGUUACCUUCGAGUAGCCGUGCCCCACUUCGCGAUGGAUCCGAGGUGAGGUCGGCGGCUCGUGGCGACGGCCAGUCGGGUGCCCUCUCUCGGGGGCCUCGAGCACUGCAGCGUAGUCGACUUCUCUGUCUGCCUGCUGCAACAAUAUAUCUGUCCUGAAUAGCCCCAUGCGAUUUGAGGGUUGCUUCGCAUCGGCGCCUUCAGCCUCCUGCUUCGCCCGUGACCCACCCGUGCCUGGGGCUACUCCCAGCUCUUGCAAGCAAAAUUACCCAUCUGUCUUGCCAUCGAGCUGGGCG